UGAAUCCUGAGGUCAUUGUGCUAUGAAUUGAUUUUGUAACGUUAUUUUCGAAAUGAGUGAUAAAAAUGAUAGCCCAAACAAUAUUAAUUAUAAAUCUACACCUCCUACGAAUAGAAAAGUGCGAAAUCCUUUUGAUAAAGGGUUGAUAGAUAGGCUACAUAAACCGAUUUGCAGUCCUGGGAUGUGCAAGAUUUACAAGAAGAAGAGCAGUGGUUCGUUCCGCUGGGAUAUAGACCAGGCUUGCACACUGGUGCCAGCAGACAUCGUCGCGUGUAACAGCCAGUUCGAGCCCUCGCCUGAUCCUAUGUUGGAGCAAAUUGCUGAAGAGGCUACGGAGAAAUUCUUCUCCCAAGAGAUGGUGAUGCCUAGUCCACUUGAGUCUUCCAAGAAAGUCAAACCUUUACAAAUAUCUAGUGAUAGUCCUCAAAUACCUAGUUUUAUCAAGGAGAGUGUUGUCAUGAAAGAUGUUUCAGCGCAAACUGUUCUCACAUUGCCACCAGAACUACCUCCUGAAAUUGAAAAGAUUCUGCAAACUUACUGCACUUUUACACAGGAACAAAAUAUAUCAGGUGAGUAUGAGAUCACAGCCAACGGGUCCCUGCGAAGGAAGUUAUUCUUCGAGGAGCACAGUGAUGUGGAGCAUUAUGACUCUGAGCAGACAGACGAUGAGGUUCAUGUGGAGGUCGCACCAGCUAGAUUUGAGGCCCACACUCCAAUCAUAUUCAGUCCUGAUUUGAGUCGGGAUUUGGUGACGAAAGGAAUGAAACGCACUUUCGGGACCCCACUGAACAAGGGUUCGUCAGCGAAGCCGUGCUAUCGGAACAAAAUUCUGGAUGUUGUCGACUUUGCCGAGCCCUGUUUCAGCCCCAUAGAGUUCCGUACUCCAAAACGCGACCAGGCCUCGGGAGUAUCGUCUAACUCCAUCUCACCUGUGACAAAAGUCACUUCCAGUGACGAAGAGAAGAAUAACUUUACGUCACCGGAAUCCGAAAAAAUGGCUACAUGUCUUGAUUGCAUUGUAUCUGAACCAGAAAGUGAGAAGAAAGGGCCAUGUUUUUGCAAGAAAACUCCUAACAAGUCAAUUUUGAGACGGAGCGCGUCUUUGAAAGAGUCUCCUCCUAGAAGUAGAAAGAGUUCGUUCUCGUUUUCAGAGAAGCGCAGUCUUAGUAUGUCGAGUUUGCAUCGCAGCCGAUCUGUACAGAAACUUGACUUUAGUAUGGAUAUGAGUGUCGAUGGGUCCUUCCAUGAACAUUGCCAUGCCGAUUCAGAAUCCAGUUCUCCCAAAGAAGUGCAUCAAGACAGUAACUCACCGAAGGCAACGUGGUCUUUUGUAGAUGACAGUAACAUCAAACACACUGAUAAGCCACAUGAGCACCAUGGAUCUCAUACACAAACUACCACCAAAACAGAUAGUGUAAACUUAAUAUUAGACGAGACUCCCAUCAAAGGGAAAUGUAAAAGUAUCAUACUUUCACAUGAAAUUAGCAAAAUUCGUGCAACAGGAACACUUAGCCCUUUGCACAUGUCUUUAGAUAAUAGCAUAGAUAGUUCAGAUAACCCACUCAAUUUGGAGGAUAAGAAGAUAGACUUUAAUAACGUUGAUCUCAAAUUUUUGACUGAAAACACAACUCAAUUUGAUUAUACUGUAAAUGCCACCAAAGUUGGUGGCGAUAGUUCUACUAGCUUUAAGAGGGUUGAUAGUGGAUUCAAUGAGAACACAUUCUAUGCAAACGCAUCCAGUUACUACGAAAGUGCCAUAAAGCCUUCAGAAUUGACUGUAACUAACAUAUCAAAGCUGAAUAGUAGUAAGACUGCCCUGAAGGAAAUAUCGAAUGUACCUUGGAUGCGGGUGGAUAGUGGUUUCAAGGACGAAACAUCUACGGACAGUAUGCAGUUCUAUGCGAAUGAGAGUUCGAUAAAGAAAGUUACGAGUUUUCGUUUCUCGGAGGCGCGGGUUGAGGACAAGGAGAACGUUGCUGAGGAUUUCGACAGAUUCCUCCUUCAGUCGGCGGGAAAAAACGACGCCAUGUCAAUGUCCGACGUCUUCAACGAAGACAUGACGUUCAACUGUAACUUUUCUUCGACACCGUCGAAAAAUAAAACUCGGAAAGUUAAUUCAUAGCGCAUUUAGGUAUGUUUAGUUUGUUCUUAAACUAGGAAAGACUAUUUUUUUAUAAGACUUAUGAAUUUUAGACGCAUUUACUAGGCUAAUAUUGACUCGUUUUGACGUCAUUAUAUUAUUGUGGACGAUUUUAAUUAUGUUCGAAUGAUUUUGUAUGAGACGAUGAUGUGUGUACAAUUUUGCAUGAAUCUUUUUAAAGGCAUGUUUACUUGAGUUCAAGUAAAAAUAAUAAUAAAGUAAGCUUAAUUUA